AUACGUAAGAGACGGUUUAACAUCUCAGACAUACGUUGUUUUUGUUUGUUUUAGAUUUAGAUAAUACAUCUUUUCACAACAGUCUUUUGAACAUGGAAGUAAGAUUUCCGACUCUAUUGAGUCUACGAAAACAUACAGGAAUCCUACUGUAAAUAUAGACUUUCAGAACUUAACAAACGACUGAAAGGAGAUAAACCUCAAACAAACUUCAUCAAGGACAAUACAAUAGUGACAAUAGCAUGAAUUAUUCCCUUCAUAAGAAGGCAACAACAUUAAUACUUUUUUAUGCUUUGUAAUUUUGAACCUUAAGUUUUGGCCUACUUGUUUUCCUGUUCCAAACUAACUUAUGUUGAUUUUCCGAAAUAGACAUCUGGGUUACGUUUCGUUUAAUAUUUAUUAAACAGUUCCUAACAGACUUUUAAAGUAACCAGCUCUUCAACUACAUAGAUAACAGGUGGAUAAGUUGCAGAUUUGGUCGUGUUCUGAUUAAACGCUAUUCUUGUUUUAUUGGACAUUGUUAUUAAAUAAUUUGCAGCAGCUGUGCGCACUGCAAACAUUCCGAGAGCGGAAGACAAUGAGAAUGGCAACCCAUCCGUACACCUUUCUGUAUUUUGAUGCCAUGGGCCGAGGGGAGUUCAUCAGACUGGUUUUUGCUGCAGCAGAAGUACCCUUUGAGGACAUCCGUUUUACUCACCAACAGUGGCCCAAGUACAAAAAACGUAAUAAAAUAAAAUUAUAUUUAAAUAAAUUAAAUUCUUGUUGCUACCUGGUAUAUAUGAUCUACUUCUAUGACACUGCAGUUGCACCGUUCGGUCAGGUGCCAUACCUGGAAGCAGCUGGCAAACGUUAUGGACAGUCCGUGGCCAUUGCCACAUACCUAGCGAGAGAAUUCGGUAAGUUAGUUCUUUCAAUUGUUCAAUUAUGAGUGGUCAAUAGCAGUAUUUGUCAUUUCAUGAAUUAGAUGUGUGUGGUACCAUAUGUUUCAUAUUUACCAAUGCCAACAAAAGCACACAAAAAACGAAACAGGAAAAAACAUCGAUAGCGGUCAACAAAAUAUAUUUAAUAUUAUAUAUGUUUUAGCCAGGUCUCUUGAUGAAUCAAAACACAGUUACAAAAAUAUCAUAGAAAGACAAAU